UGUUGGGGGCAAUAGCCUACGAUCGAAUGCGGGAACCAACAGACUGCAUGCUUCAAGUAUUGUUGCGCUUACAGUCGCAUGCACUUGUAGCCCGCAUAUCAACUGGGAAUAGGUUAUUUGAAGUUGAAAAGUACAGUUGAUUCCUGUCGUUGAUAGUUCUUAAGAUACGAAAUGGAUGCCAAUCCAUCCUUCUCGCUGGCAUGUCUUUACAGAAGCGAUCCAAUUUAUUCCCUCUGUGCCUCAGAUUUAAUGACCGCUUCUCAAACUGUGAACAAUAAUUUCAUAAAGGAACAGAAGCAACUUAUGAAGACUCUGAAGAGGCUGGAGCAGCAGCAGCUUACCUGCAUGCGUCAGCUGAACGAGGAGCAGAGGACCUUUGCCUUCGUCAUGAACAAGAGGCUAAGCCAGAGGGGCGCUACGAGGCCUCAAACGCUCCCCUCCAGUUCAGUCUCCUCUUCCAUCGUCCCUCUGUCCAUUAGGGGGUCCCGGUCUGCCCCGGCUGCUCUCGCCACCCGCAAUGGGGCCAACAGAGUUGGCAGUGCCAAGAGCGCCAACGGCAGAGUCAAGUUUGAGCAGUCUUCUUCCAGCCUUUCGCCGUGGGCAGUGAAAUUACAGAAGAAGAGUAUGGAGAUGCAGGACAGAGAGGCAAGGGAGGUGAGCACUGUUUUGAAGGAGUAUGGGGCCUCGGCUGGUCAAAGGUGUUGUUGUGAAUGUGGUCACACCAGGGAGCUGUUGGACAGGAGACUGAGUUGUCCAGCCAUAUUACAGAGGCAUCACUCUUGAUUCUGCUACGGUAUGGGGUGUUAUGGACAUACGAUACAGGAUAUUGCUACAGGGGGGUGUGAGAGUUUCUCUUGAACAUCAUCUACCUACUCGUACUGGAUCGAUAUAGCUACCUUAUUUCUUGGAGGUUAUGCCAUGCCAAUGGAUAUCUGGACAGCAUUUUACGUCAUGACCGAUAACUGAGUAACACUGUACGUCAUGACCGAUAAAUGAGUAACACUGUACGUCAUGACCGAUAACUGAGUAACACUGUACGUCAUGACCGAUAACUGAGUAACACUGUACGUCAUGACAGCUUCAUAAUAAGUUACAUGAACUAUGUCAACAUGUCAUUACACCUUUAACUGUUUACAGUACAUGAAAAAUGACACUGCCUUGUCACUUGACAGUCAGUGACAUAAGAUGCCUUUACAUCUUUUGACAUUUGUUAUGUCAUGUUUAUGACCAUAAUAUGACACUGUUGUGAUGUACAGUUCAAAUAAAGUGUUACCAAGGUACAUUCUGUGUUCACCUAUAUAACUUGUUUCCUGAAGAUGACAACAUAAUAUGUAUAUAUUGUUUUUAUUUUUUUCAUGGGAAGUUGAAUGCCAAGUUUUAUUUUUUAUCAAAAAUGUAAAUUAGAUCCGACAGUUACUCAAAGGAAUAUGUUCAUGUUUUUUUUAUUUUUAAUUGAUGCCAGAUUUUUGUGUGUGUAGUUUACUAAAUAAACUAUAGCUUAUACUGUA